GGGCGGGGCGGUGACGCGCGGGCGAGGCCCCGCCCCGUACCCUUGACGCGACGGCAGAAGAUGGCGGCGGUGGGGACCCUCGGCCGCCGCAUUGCCCGGUCAGGCGUGCUGCCCCUCUGCCACCGGCCGGCGUGGGGCACAGCCGCCCGGCAGCCCCCCGGCCCCCGGCUGCCCCCCGGCCUCCCGCGCGCCCCGAGCCGAGCCUUCAGCAACAACAAGAUCCUGGUGGAGCUGGACGAGAGCUCAGGCGUCGCCACAAUGAAGUUCAAGAGCCCCCCAGUCAACAGCCUCAGCCUGGACUUCAUCACCGAGUUUUGCAUAAGCCUGGAGAAGCUAGAGAAUGACCGGACCUGCCGGGGUGUGAUCUUUACAUCCGCAGUCCCCAAAAUCUUCUCAUCUGGCCUGGACAUCACCGAGAUGUGUGGGAAGAGCACAGAGCACUAUGCCGAGUUCUGGAGAGCCGUGCAGGAGAUGUGGCUCCGGCUGUACGGCUCCAAUAUGGUCACUGUCGCUGCAGUCAACGGGUCCAGCCCGGCGGGAGGCUGUCUCAUUGCCUUGACAUGUGACUACAGAAUCAUGGUGGACAACCCCAAAUUCAGCAUUGGCCUGAAUGAAGCCCAGCUGGGCAUCGUGGCUCCCUUCUGGUUUAAGGACACAUUUGUGAAUGUUGUGGGACACCGAGUUGCUGAACGCUCCCUCCAGCUGGGCUCCCUCCACCCUGCAGCUGAGGCCCACAAGUUUGGCCUUGUGGACGAGCUGGUGCCAGAGGAGAAGCUCCAGGAGAAGGCUGCGGCUGUUAUGGCACAGUGGCUGGCCCUUCCCGACCAUGCCCGUCAGCUCACCAAGUCCAUGAUGAGGAAGGCAGUGUUGGAUCGCCUGGUUGCUCACCGGGAGGAAGACAUUCAGAACUUCAUCAGUUUCAUUUCAAAAGAGUCCAUCCAGAAGUCACUUCGCAUGUACAUGGAGAUGCUGAAGAAGAAGAAGAGCUGAGGAGCCAGCCUCCCAGGGUGCAGUCCCAGGAGUUCGAGUGACUCUCCAAAACACUGCAGGAGCUGUAGACUUGCACAGUGAAGCCGUCUGCAGUGUCAGCAACUGGUGCGCUGCCGGCUCCCAUGGCUGCCCCAACCACCCCUUCCCCUUAGUCCCUGUAGAGUGCCUGACACCACCGCUGCCUUUCCCGAGAGUGGAGAGAGCUGUCUGCUCAGCUCCCCCGAGGAACGGACAGGGAGAGGGUCUUGACACCGCUGUGGCCCAAGCCUGCCGGUCCUUGGAUAUCCUCCCUCCUAUCCAACAGCUAAUUGUGAAAUGAGAUUUGUCAAUAAAGUCUUUGAUGAGGUA